CUCUUGGACUCAACACAAACACUAGUUAACACUUAUUCUCGGCAGUCGUUAGACUGUUUCGUGUUUGAUCGUUGAUUUUGUGAGGUAGAUGAUGGGACGGAGGCAGUCGGCUCGAUUCGAGUCAGCAGUGAGGCGCUCAGCCCGGCUCAGGAACAUGGACUGUUUUAAUGCGAAGGAAACCGAAGAUGAUAUUGGAACAGCUGAACACAAUAUUACCAUGGAGGAUGAAAAAAGGAUGGAGGGGGAAGAAUCCCGGAAAGCUGGCAGACCUUCUUCUCGCAUUCCCACAUUUCAAAGCUCGCUAGCCCGCAAGCGAACCACUCCCCACAUUGCAGAGUCGCUUUUGCCAACGAAAGCUGAGGGUUCCCCUCAAGAUGGCCAAAUGAAAGAUCGAGGAGAGCCUUUAAGGACAAAAUUGCCAGUAUUAGGUGACAAAGAAAUGCCUAUUCUGUCAAGCCAUUUGCAAUCAUCCAGCACAGAUGAUCUCUUAUUUUCUGGUUCCUCAGAUGCAACCCCUGUUGGAACUUUAGACACCGCAUUACAUUUACUUAGACAAGACCACUCGCCUGAACCAGAAACAUGUGCUAGUGGAGACUCAGAGGGGUGUGAAGAAUUACUUCAACGGCCAAGCAUUAGAGCAGAUACAGAGUCGUGUGCAACAGAGUCACAUUCUGAACCUGAACUUCAGAGUACAAACACAGAGUCCCUAUCUGAAGACGAAAAGGAAUCAGAACCCGGUCUUCAGGAGGAGCUUUCAGAAAAACUUGAAGAAUUCAUACACACUAUUAAAGAUGAAUUGGAGAGGAGAGAGGUUAAAGAAACAUCCCCUGUUGAGGAUGAAGCUAGCAAGCAGUACCCUGUGUCAGAGAAUACUAAAACGCUUCCAAUGACAGCAUCUAAAACAUCCUUGAAGGAAAAACUCCCAUAUGUACCUGCUAAAAGUGCAACAGUACAUUCUUCACAGGUAGAAUGUGUCAACAGCACAUCUGAAAGGACAAGAGGCGGGAGCUUUGCUCUCUUCUGUUUGCUACCAUCGAUUCUGCUGCUUCUGGGUGGAUUUGGCCAGCAUGUCUGGCUCUAUGGCGUCCCUAGAUCUGUCUCUCACCUGAUGGUGCAGCUGGAAAUGCACUGGCUUGAAGGAUUCUGGCUACCUCAAGAGGAAUGCAGCACUGACUGUGGGCUCACACUUGUCGAGAGUAUCCCAGAAGGAAUGCACUAUCCCUCAGGGUCACCUCAUCUACAGAGCAUCUCACACACCUGGACCCACCUGUUGAACAGAGCUAACAGCUCAGUCGACAUUGCUGCAUUUUAUCUAACGCUCAGAGACUCGGACAUCGGCUUAACUGAUCCCACUUCUAUGCAGGGCAAAGAAUUGUUCCGUCUAUUAAAGCAGCUUGAACCUAAAGGAGUAAAUUUGAAGAUUGCUGUUAAUGCCCCUCAGACUUACAUAGCAGACACAGAUGAGCUAGCGGCAACAGGUGCAGAGGUCAGAGAGAUUGACCUACAAAGCAUCACUGGAGGAAUUGUCCACACAAAGCUUUGGGCUGUGGACAAGAAACACAUGUAUGUAGGGAGUGCCAACAUGGACUGGCGCUCUUUAACCCAGGUGAAAGAGGUUGGCGUUUCUAUUGAAGACUGUAGCUGUUUAGCACAGGAUGCAUCACGGAUAUUUGGAGUCUACUGGGAAGUCGGAGCUCAGAAAAACAGUUCACCCCCAUCCUACUGGCCAGGCCGAUUCUCUGCCCUCUCCAGCAUUAAGUACCCAUUAACUGUUAAAUUCAACGGUGUUCCUGCACGUGUCUAUUUGUCUAGUGCCCCACCCCAGUUGUCUACUUAUGGACGAACAGAUGAUCUAGCGGCCAUCCUGUCAAUAAUUGCUGAUGCCAAAGAAUUUGUCUACGUGUCUGUCAUGGACUACAUUCCAAUGUCUCAGUUCACCCAGCCAAUAAGGUUCUGGCCUGCUAUUGACUCAGCAUUGCGGGAUGCCGCAUGUGCCCGUGGAGUCAAAGUGAAUCUGCUGGUCAGUUGUUGGAGCCACUCUCCUGGAGCUAUGUUUAUUUUUCUGCAGUCUUUAUCAGUACUCAGCAAGUCACCCCUUAGCUGCAACAUUCAUGUGAAAGUGUUUGAGGUACCUCAUACACCAGAACAACUUAAGAUUCCUUUUGCUCGUGUCAACCAUGCCAAGUAUAUGGUGACGGAUCGUGUUGUCUACAUUGGAACCUCCAAUUGGUCAGAAAAUUACUUUAGCCAGACCGCUGGAGUCGGGCUUGUGGUAAACCAGACAGGCUCUGUGGUGGAAAAAGGCCAGCAGACUGUGCAGAAUGAACUACACAAGAUUUUUCAGAGGGACUGGAAUUCUGACUUUGCUCAAACUCUCACCACUGAUCACGGAGAGUUUUGCAACCGGAAGAAAAAGACAUAAUUUUUUUGUACAUCUCUGUCAAUAUGUUAUGAAAUAAUAAGACUCAGCCAUGCAUCAGUAUACUUGUGGCCCUGUUGUUUGCUCUAAUAUAGAAUGUAUCAAAAUGUAAAAUGUAAUUACUCUGUUUGACAUUCAGUGUUAACAGUACUGCUCUAUAAUGUAUAUAUUUCUUCUGUACAGUUUGCUUUUCUACUUUGUUUACAUAUAUGGAUUGUUGUGUUGUUUGUUUUUUUGCUCUCGUUCAAAGCUUUUGUAAAACUUGCUCAAUAUAAAGAAGUAUUCAGAGGUAAAACAUUGGUCAACAUUUAGAAAUAUUCAGAAGUAAAAUCCUGGAACAUCAUAGUAUUAAACAUGUUGGUCUGAAGAAAUACUCAAUAGAUCUGAAAAUCUGAAGGCAUCUAAAAAUGUUUUUUCCUAAAAUUCACUUCACAAACCCACAGGCAGUUGUGGAAGUCCAACAUAAAAAUGUCUAAUGGGUGUUGGGGUUGUGCAGCGGUGUCAUGAAGGAACUAGCCAUGAAGGAAGGAGGUUGAUAGAGUUCCUUAUUACUGUGGGAUUGUGGUAGCCUAGCGGGCAGAGCUUUGGGUUACUGAACACAAGGUUGUAGGUUUGAAUUCUGGCUCUGCUGUGCAGCACCUGUUGGGCCCUAAGCAAGGCCCUCUCGACUCCGGAGGUGCCAUACAAUGGCUGACACUGCUCUGCUGCCUGGUCAAGGUGCCUGUAGGAGGGGUAGAUGACAUUUUUAACAGCAUUUGUAGUAGCAUGUGGUAGAGUGUUUGUAACAUCAGUUACAAUUUUUUUUUAUUUGGUAUGAAUUUUGGAUUUUUUUUAUUUGUGAAACUAUAUUAGUCACAUUUAUUUAUGGAUGUUUAUUGGCAUGAAAUAUAAUGCUACAAUUGCAUAGAUAAAACUCAUGAUUGUGCAGUGUGUUGAUAUUUAAAAUAUUUAAGAAACAAAGCAAAAUAGUAACUGUAAGUGCCAAAAAUGUUAAUAAAUUAAAACAAUACUAAA